ACAAUAAGCCAUGAGUGGCUUGACCUUGACAUCAAGGGAGGUAUUUUUUUAAUUUUUUACAUGACGGCGCAAAAGUGAAACCCAAUUAGCCAUUAAUCAAUUCCAUUCCAGUCGCCGCAUAACUCUGCUUCAGGUUUUGGCACUAACAGGCUUUUGGUGUCUCUUGUGGAUGACAGCAGGGAGCAGUGCUGGAGAUGCUGUAGCUCACACAACCGCUAGAAGACAAACGCCGUGGUCCUCCCACCUUCCCAACGCUCCUGAGCGCAGCCCCAAGGAACAGGAACUAUUUUAAUAAACCGAUGAAUGGGACUUUGCCGUGCGCUGGAUCCUGAGCCUGGCUCUGUGUGCAAGUGGGGAGCAUAAGCGGACAGAGGGACAGUAUUUCCUUUCAGCGGGACCCGAGGUGGAAAAGACGCAGCAAUGACAGAGCAGCAGUGGUGCGCAGCGGCGAAAUAGACCAACUAUUGUGGGGACGGAAGAUUGAUAAAACAACUGGGCGAGCAACGAGAGCGGCAGAUGUAGCCUCAUUUCCAAACGUUGCAGCUGGUUUGGUGCCAGUGGUGGUGCUGGAUCGGUUAUUAUUGCGUUCUCCUUUUCAUCAUUCACUGCUCCCAGUCUUUCCAGAUUACUUGGGGAUCUCGGACGGCUGUCUGCGAGGGAGUAUUGCUGCAGAGACUAACGGGGAAUGCCAUGUGUCGUUGCGCGACAUAGAAGCUCUUUGUGGGCUGUUUUGCACCGGGGACAGGUGGUGCCGUGUGUGCGUGUAUGUGUGUGUUGAAAUAGAGCAGGGUUGGGGGGGAGGGCACGGACACACAACCCCUGAGACAGUUGUCUUAGGGGUGUCAGGCCGGCGUACGGGAUCAAUUUUUGCCAGAGACAGGUGCGACAGGGAGGAGUAGUUUGCAAAGAACCGUCACAGGAUCUGGUAACGCACUAACGAGCCUCCUCUCUCUUCUGAUCACUCUCGGAUUUUUUUUUCUUGUAUCCACCGGGUCUUACAAUCGACUCAUACUGCCGUUGCUCGGCGGCACCUUCCCCCGUAAAACCAGAGACUCCGCCCUUGUGUUGCUAUGGCGACCGUGGCACCGCCCUUCUUCCUACUGUGUUGCCUGCUCCGAAUGGCCAGCUCGGCGUUCCCCGAGGAACCGGGGCCCCUCAACUUCAUCCCCACUGAAGUGGUGAGAAGACACCCAGUGUUUCUGGGACGACCCCACCGAACAUGGCUGAGACAAGAGCCUCUACACAUCCAGAGGAUUCUCCAAGUCAAUCGGACACUCUACAUUGGAGCCAGGGAUGACCUUUUUCGCGUGGAGUUGGACAUCGUUGCAGGAGACGAGAUGUUCUAUAGCAAGAAAAGGACGUGGGAGUCGAACAAGAAUGACAUCAGGAUCUGCAGGAUGAAGGGCAAGCAUGAGGAUGAAUGCCGUAAUUUCAUGAAGGUGCUGCUCAGCAGAGAAGGAGGCCUGUUUGUGUGUGGGACCAACGCCUUCAACCCGUUAUGUGCCAACUACACUGGAGACACUCUUGAGAUGGUAGGAGACACGGUCAGUGGUAUGGCGAGAUGCCCCUAUGACCCCAAACACGCCAAUGUAGCUCUGUUUGCAGAGGGGAAUCUGUUUACAGCCACAGUGACAGACUUCUUGGCCAUCGAUGCGGUGAUCUAUCGUAGCCUUGGGGACAGCCUCGCUCUGCGCACUGUCAAGCACGACUCCAAGUGGUUUAGAGAGCCCUAUUUUGUCAGUGCUGUGGAGUGGGGACCUCACAUCUACUUCUUCUUCAGGGAGAUAGCCAUGGAGUUCAAUUACCUGGAGAAGGUGGUGGUGUCACGUGUGGCGCGGGUGUGCAAACGCGACCUGGGUGGGUCUCAGCGCGUCCUGGAGAAGCAGUGGACAUCGUUCCUGAAGGCCCGUCUGAACUGCUCCGUCCCCGGGGAUUCUCACUUCUACUUUAACCUGCUCCACUCCACCAGCCCCAUCAUCAGGAUGCACGGCAGGGACAAUCUGGGGGUGUUUUCUACACCAGCAAACAGUAUUCCGGGUUCGGCGGUGUGUGCCUUCGACAUGGAGCAGCUGGCUGGGGUGUUUGAAGGGAGGUUCAAGGAGCAGAAAUCACCUGAGUCUAUUUGGACGCCUGUUCCAGAUGAAGUCAUCCCGAAGCCAAGACCCGGUGGCUGUGCCAUUCAAGGUUCCAAGUUUAACUCCUCGAAUGUGUUCCCUGAUGAGAUGCUCAACUUUGUCAAAACCCAUCCUCUGAUGGAUGAAGCCGUCCCGUCACUCGGACAAAGACCCUGGAUAGUCAGAACCAUGGUCAGGUACCAGCUGAAUAAGAUGGUGGUGGACACAGAAGCUGGGCCUUAUAGAAACCGAACCGUUCUGUUUCUCGGGUCAAGCAGAGGGACCAUCCUCAAGUUCCUGAUCAUGCCCAACCAGGACAACACCGUCACCAACAGCAACAUCUUCCUGGAGGAACUGGAGGGAUUCAACCCUGAUAAGUGUGCGGAAGACUCUCUGCAGGCCAGGCAGCUGUUGUCUCUGACUCUAGACCGGGCCAGCCACACUCUGCUCCUGGCCUUCCCCUCCUGUGUGGUCAGAGUACCGGUGGCACGAUGCCAGCUCUACUCCCGGUGCAUGAAGAACUGUAUCGCCUCCAGGGAUCCUUACUGUGGCUGGACCAGAGGAAGCACCUGCUCUUUCCUCAGACCUGGGACCAGACUGCCGUUUGAGCAAGAUGUUGAACAAGGAAACGUGGCCCACUUGGGGGACUGUGACGGAAUGCUGCUCCAAGAGACUUUUAUCGAGGAGCCUGACGGCCUGGUGUCCGUAAACCUGCUAGUGGUGUCUGCUGUUUCAGCCUUCACAACAGGAGCCAUCCUCUCCGGCCUCACCGUGUGCUGGAUCAUGAGUCACCGCCACCGCCACUCUCGAGGCUCUGGAGCCAACGGCGCCCGCCGCAAAAAUGACAAAGAGCAGAGCAUGCUGGGGCAGGGCCGCAGCGGGUCAGUAAUGAGCGUAACAAGAACCAGCGGCGGGGAAAGGAGGCGUUCACAGGCGGACAACCCCUUUGUCACGCCCAACGGCUGGCCUAAAGGAGACAUGGACCCAGGCUUGCUGCCUACCCCGGAGCAGACCCCACUGCAGCAGAAACGGUCCAUGCGUCUCCCAGACACCGACUGGGACCAGAGCCAGACCUUCCUCACCGCUGUAGGAACUCCCUGCCCCAACAACUCUGUCAUCUACUUGAGCUCUAAGUUCCUGCAUGGUGGUGGAGGGGGUGGAGGGAUUGUCCGGAUAGAGGACCCAGGGGAGGUUAUGCUGCCCCCGCACCCAGAGCGCCAGCGCUACCUGAUCUUAGCCACCCAGAGAGGGGAGCAAGGUGGCAGUCGUCCCAGUGGCACCCUGAGGAACUCAGCGGGAGAAUACAUCUACCCUGCCACGCCGCAGGACUCCCCCGACCGACGGAGGGUGGUGUCCGCUCCCACUCCCCACAUGGACUAUGGGGAGCCUCGCUGGAGUCACGAGGCGCUCAACUACAACAGCAACAAUGGAGUGCCCUAUCACUCCCAGCGCCCGGGCCUCAUUAGACCAGAUAUGCAUGGGCCUCGAGGGCUGGGAGAACUGGCUGACUUCAGCCAUCUUCUAGGGAAGAACAUGGGAGAGCGCACCCCCAGUGGCCAGUGAGGCGAUGUACGUGAGCCCUGGCACCAAGCUCUCUCUGAACACCCAUUCCCUCCAACAGCAGACUGGAAUAAAUCAACCCCUCAGACUCACUGUCCCGGUCCAACCUUACCCUGUCUGUCCUCUCUCACUGUCAUUCAAUGUUCUGACGUCAUUCAGCUGACUGAAGAGAGAGACAAAGAGAGAGUUGAAAAAGAGGAGGAGCAAACUCUCCUCACGUUCACGCUCCUCUGCUCUUAAUCUGAGGUGCACCCCUCUGCUCUGUAAGUGGUGCAACCCGCAGAGCUUGACACCACAGGACAAACCGUGAGGUAAAGAGAGGGGUGCAAAGGAAAUGGAAGCUUCUUAAAGUGUGGAGAUUAAACAAAAAAAAUGAAGAAAAAAAAAUGAUGAUGAUGAAGGGAAAUUUCCUUGCAGCGCCAAAUGUGAAAGGUCUCCCUCCACCAUUUUGUUCACCGUUUUGACACCAUGGAUCUAAUUUGAGUGUGAAAUUUUGUUUCUGCUUUGGUUAUUUUUGUGCCAGUGGCAUCCAGCAGAAAACAAUGUGCUUUACUUUGGAUUUCAUAUAAGACUAAAACUGUUGUAGCUGUGCCAGCGGGCAGUGACUCUUAAUGAAUCAUGCAGUGUGUGUAUCGUGUGUAUGUGUGAAUGUGAGUCACGAGCCACGACAACCCCAACCAGUGUCCUGUCUGAACUGUGAAGUAUAACUACAUAAUGAAGUUUCUGUACGGAGAAGGUUGAAAUUGACAUUAUUUCCCCUUUUUCUUUUUUUUUUCUUUUUAAAACAAUCACAGAGGAUCAAAUGGGUUUUAUUAUGUGUCUCUUACCAAUCGGAGGUUUGAGUGGUUGACCGGUGGCUAGUGAAGGGUUGAGAUUACUCCCAUUGUAAUUUUUGUGAUUCCCAGUACUUCAGAGGCAGCGCUGGAAAGAGCCAUCAUAAAGUGAAAGAAAGCAAUAAGGACGAAGAUGAAGCCAAUUUAAUUUGAUAUUUUAUAAUAUAAGUGUUUUCUCAGCAAAGCAAACUGAAGUUUAGAUAUGUCAGGAGGAGCUGGGAACAGGAACAAUAUCGCCCCUCCAUUCUUCCCUCCCUAGCUGCCUCUCAGUAUGCCCGGGUCUGUCUGACCUGACCUCAGGCCCCCAUGGGCUCCGCAGUCCAUUUGAGGGAGGGAAUGUGAGCUGUGGCUGUCUGGCUGUGUGACUGGGGCUGUGAGGCCCGGCCGCUCGGGAGCUCCAUUCAGCCUCUUCUGCCCGACACUGAGCCUCUUUGUGCCCCAGAAGCAGGAGGAGACUGCGGCAACAAAUAGCCGUUAAGAGUCAGAGACGUAGCCCAGCACCGCAGCCUAGCAGAAUAUCAAUGAGGAGGACAGCAGCUCCAUCCGUCAGGUGAGAUGUACCAAACCAGGACCGGGCAUCUCGUGGGCUUCACCCACUCUGGUGAUUUACUGGUUUGCCAGGACAAGGGAGGAGCUGAGGGCUGAGGCCACAGUUGGGACACUGCUAGCUGUCACAAUGGUCAUCCCUUGUGGCUUUAUCUCUUUCAGUGUGUUUCACAACAAAAGCGGGAUAAAGAAAACAGAUGGGCAUGGGUAUACUUGGGUGUGGAGUUACUCUUUCACUUGUCUGAUCUUUUGAUGUUUCCUGUUUUUUGUUUUUUUUUGUCCGUUCUCAUCUGUUCUUGAUUCAAAUGUAGAUCCAGAGAUAGCUUUAGUUCAUCUGGGUCAUUGCUUGUUAGAGGUGGUGUUUUUUGUGUCUGUCGGCUUGUUUGUGUGAGUCUCUUUGGGUUUGUGUCCAUGAAUGCGUUACUCAUGUUGAGUGCAAAAAACAACAACUGCUUUGAUCAGUUUUACUCUCAUUCUCACCCUUCUUCUUUUUGUCCACCUUCUUUCUCUAUUGAGCCAUUCAUUUUGUGCAGCAACCCUUUGCUUGACAUUCACAAAUCCGCGCUAAUGGUGUCAGAGCCCUGCGGGGGAACAGUGUAUGCCAUACGAUAUAUUUACACAAUUUUAUUUUACAAAAAGAGGUAGGUUGGAUAAAUACACAAUACACAGUUGAAUUUUUAUUUACUAGUGCCGAUAUGACAGCUUUCAGUUUUUGUGACCGUAAUCAAAUACACGUACUUAUAUAAUUAAAAUAAACAUGUCUUUCCACAAAGCCCUAUUUUCCUUUUAAAAGUAGCAGUGUGGAGCUUUAUAGCGUCUUUUAGCUAAUUUUUGUAGGAGGGUUUCCCUCUCACCACCUUAAUCAAUGUUGAUUUCGGCCUCAGCUAGUAGCUGUUUUUUGCCAUAAUGCUAAAAGAAAUCUGCUGCUCACUAUCUGCAAAAAAUGGCAGACAAACAAAGUUAGCAACCCACUGGUGAACAUUGUGAAACAUUUUGUAGCUAAAGAACAGAUAUUUACACCAUAAGUUGGUGGAGACCAAAAGUCAAUACUGGUCUUCUCCUCAAAAGGUGAUAAUAUGUCAGUGUUAUCAUUACGGUUUGUUUCUGCUGCCACCAAGUGGCCAGAAAAUAAGGCAAUGAAGGUUUAAUACUAAGGCUGGGUAUUGUGAAAUAUUUUAACACUAAGGCCAAUAAAUGUUGUGAAAUCUAUUUUACAUUUACUGUAAUAACAGAAGCCAAGGUAACAUUGUCUAAACACAAGCAGCUGCACGAGAAUUUUCUCAAGAAAAAGAAAUUGUGUAAUUAAAAACAAAAAUAAAACAAUCAAGUCCUUAUUGCAUAAAAAGUAAACAAGAUUGUACAUCUGAUAAAAUACCCAAUACCAGCUGACAGCUUUUGUGCCACGGGCGCAUUCUGUUGGUACCAAAACAACAUUAAGGUUUAGUACCGAGCUCUAAAAAGUACACAGCCAGAGCUGGAGGUACUGCAUGAGACAAGCCAGUAAAAGAGAUUCAUGAAAGCAAGGACAGAGGAGGAGGUCAGGCGGGCGAACAUGAUGUUACUGCAUUACCGCCUGAGCACAUUAAUACAGUGUAUUCUUUACACAUUCCACCCUGAAACAGGUCAUUAGUAUUGAGGAUACGGAGCCCUCCACCCGCCCGGCCUCGCUAUAUCUCUCCGUCUCCAUCUCUGCUGUGAUCUGUGUGUGUGUGUGUGUGGUGUGUGUGUGUGUGUGUGUGUGUGUGUGUGUGUGUGUGUAAGGCCUCUCUGUCUCGGUUGGCUUGCCCAGCCAGCCGUGUCCUCGCUCUGCAUCUCCUCCGGUGUUUCACUAAACAUGCUUGAUUAGGCAAAGUACAUUCCCAGCCCUCUAAUGGCCUGAUGAGCCCUUGAGAAGAUUACAACAGACACAUCAACCCUAAGAGGGAGGUUCAACCAGCUCUUUACGCCCCUCCCCUCCGACCACCAGUCACCACACACACACACACACACACACACACACAUUCACAUGCAUUUGCACAAAUACCAUCGACCCUUUAACCAAAUUGGGGACGCAAUUGAAUUAAGAUCAGAAACUUAGCUCAGGCUUGAAAUAGGCAGUCAACCCUAACUUGUUCUAUGAAAGGUACUGUGCUUGAUGUUAUCUUACUGACUGCAUAAUUUGAUUUACAUUAGUUCAACAUUACAGGGCAACUAAAGAAUUUAGAUGUAGCCUCAUGGAAGUCAGCCUGUUUAUCAAAGUCAUCAUCCUCCCUAUUUCUUUACAUACUUCAUGUCAUUCCAAUUCCUCCUCUUUCAACAGCUGCAUGUUGUCUUCUUUCAAGUUUUUAUUGUUAACAGACACACACUAUCUCUCUGCACACAUACAUUAUAUCUCCACCCAAUGUAAGGCUGAGCCGUUCUUUCAUCCUGUUUGUCCCUAUUAAAGGUGAGCUUGUUAAUUUAAUGAGUUGGUGACAGAAACAGAAUUCAAACGAAUUGACAAAAUCCUGCUUUAUUUCACAUGAAAUCCUGAAUGUGUUACAUUUUGUAGACAUUUCCAAAGCCUUUCAUGCGGUAAAUUGCUUUCCUUUGCCUAGAAAUUAUUUAGUUUGGAGUUUUUUCUUUGUUAAAUGUCGCACAUAUUGCCUCCAGUCCAUCACACAGAUACACACACACACACACACACACACACACCACACACACACACUCUCUCUCUCUCUCUCUCUCCUCCCUCUUUUAUCUCUAUCUUGCACAUAUCAUCACACACACACACACACACACACACACACACACACCACACACACGCACAUGACAUUCUCACCCAGCCUCUGUGACCCAGUCUGUCUGUCUGUGUUCUUAUUUAUCAGGUUGUGUCUGUGUGCCUGUUAAAGAGACCAUGCCUUUGUGUGUUGGGGUUGUUUGUGCCGUGUGGCCCAGUGAUGCGAUGCCUCCCAGCCAAUAACUGCCAAUAAUCUUGCCAGACAGUGAUCCACUGUGCUGUAUGCCCCAGAAAGAGUCCAGAAACGGAGGCAAAGUUGUAUUAAAUCCACCAUCGCACUUGGGAAUAGUGACAUGAAACUUCUUCCUUCUGAGCCAACUUACAAGAGGAAAAAAAGCACAAAAACAAGGCAAAAAAAAAGAGUUGUAGAUGUAUUUAGUCAGCACUGAUCAUCUCUGUCAAGUUUUUUUCUAUAGUUUGUUUCUGUGGUAGGUAUUUGUUUAAGAUUAUACGGAAUAUUAUUGUAUAUGAUUUUUUUAUUUCUCUGGUGUGCCGGAUUUGAUGACGACAAUGAAGACGAACCUGAUGACUAUCAUGUUAAUUAUUUUAUUGACAGUGACAAUGAAGCAGUACUGUGAGCAGCACUGAGGUGUUGUAUUGUGUGUUUUAUUUGGAUGCUGAGUCUGAAAGGACAUGGACGGGAAGAGAAGGAUUAGGAGUGACCGAACUCAUACAGACUGAGGUUCACAAAGAGAUUCUGCUUUUCUCCUGCUACUGUGAAGGACCCAUCCCCGUCGCCCAAGGGCCCUGUGGGGCAGGCGGUCAUCAAAUGAAAACACAUGCCCCUGCUACGUGUACAUAACCUUGAUGCUUACAUGUAAUUUAAGUGCAGUAGCUGCAUGACGACACAGCCUCUGUGUGUGUACAGAAGUAGCGACGUGUGAAUUUGUACAGUACAUGCAAGUGUGUGUGUGCUUCUGUCCGCGAAGAAAUCUGUCUGUCGUCACGCAAAAAAGCAACAUGUGCAUGCACCCUCCAACAACUGCAACUGCGGUACACACACACACUGCACACACACUGCACACACUCCAGCAGUUGUUCACCAUUCUCCACAUUGUCCUGAGCUCUGCCUGUCACUCCGCAUGGAGACUUUGCUCUGUGUCAACUUUCUUAUUCUAAUAAACCACUCAGACGUUGAGCUCCAAGGUGUCA